CCCCGUUGCUGUCGGGCCGCAGCAUGUGUAAGUAGGGGGCAGCCAGCCAGCCAGCCACAGGCAGCCAGCCACAGGCAGCUCAGUCAGACUUGAUGAAGUCCAUGUGCGAAAAGUUUGUCUUCCACUACAAGUUUGCUGACGCCAUACCCGUACGGUGGGCCUUGGCUUACAGUCAGUCCAGCGCAGCAAAAGUAACUGCGAGAAUUCCCCUCACAGACGAGUUGCCUGGCUGUCGACGACGUGCCAAGCAGAGAGACGUUGUAACCGACGCCCAAAGUGGUCGUCGUUUGGUGGCGGUCGAGCGACGGCAAUGUAGCAGCGCCUCAGUUUGCGCAGUUUGGUUCGUGGCGGGGAACCAGGUUGCUCGGCUCGUGUACUGUAGUUGAAGCUCGACAUCCCAUCCCAGAGUCCUUUGGACGUGCUUAUUACGACCUCGGUGCUGGCCUAGAACGCUCUUGUUCCUGGCUAGGUGUUAGUCAGUGUGCGGGGGGGGGGGGAUGG